ACCAGAAAAAGUCGUUUCCAAGAAUGGCGGAAGAAAUAAAAGCAUACCUGUCCAAAUUGAUGAAGACAGUUACAGGCCUUUAUGCUAUAUUAGUAACAGACAGAGAUGGUGUUCCUGUUGUCAAAGUGUCAUCAGAGCAGGCCCCAGAAUUGGCAUUGAGGCAAGACUUCCUGUGUACCUUCAGCGGGGGAACAGAGCAGGCCAACAAGAUGGGCUUUAAGAAAAAUGAUUCAGUUGUCUGCAUGUAUCAAAACUAUCAGGUGGUACAGGUAAAUUGCCGUCCUUUGACAGUGACCUAUAUUGCGGAGAGUGACACAAAUACAGGUUUGCUGUUAAGUUUAAAAGACGAUAUGAAAGACAUUUUAAAUGACAUUUCAUCCGUUGUGAUUACAUCGUAAGAGGAAAUGUCACAGUCCAGUACUUGAUGUGUUAUAGACAUAUUAUAAACUAGAAGGUGUAAAACAGCAAAUGAGAAACGUGGUAUGCCUAUUAUGCUGAAGACGAAACCUGGACUUGCAUAUGUAGGUGAACUAUUUGCUUUGCGAGCAAAAGAAGAAAUGAAAGAAAAGCGUGUUCGUAGUCAAAGUGUGGUAUAGAUCCAUCGAUUGAGUGAAUGUUUCACCUCUGUGUUAUGCAGUAGAAUAUGUUACAGAUUUAUAAAGGGAAUAAUAUUAUGGAAGUGCUACCCUAUAUUUAAAGAUAUUUUUUUCUCAGUGAUGUUUUGGGACAUUUCUAUCACAAGAGAAUAAGAACAAUAUAUAAGUCUGGCUGGUUCUGCUUUUGGUUUACACCAUCAUUGUGUACUUUUAACUUUUAAUAGAGAAUUGUGAUAUGCAUAUAAUUUGACUUGAACUUAAAAAAAUGUGCUAAAUUAAUAAAUAUUAAGUUCCACAACUGACGUUUAAAUUAUAUUCUUCUUAAGCAUAUUUAUUUCACUGCAUAAAUUUGGAAGCAGUCUGGAAACAAUGUGAUAUUGGAUGUUAACAUUGUAAGCCAUGGAAACUAGUAAGGUUUUGUUAAUGUAAUUAAUAAGGCUGCAGAUGAUGUCCUGUGCAUAAAUGUGUAAAUAAUGGAUCAAGUGAAUGUGUUUGUUUGUGUAAUGGAAGGGGACAUAUCGGAAAGCCCCAAUCCCUGUUUAUAUCCUUUUGUUUAAUAUAUAAUAAUACAUCAUAUUUUUAAAAUAAUUACUUCCCUUCCCUUAUGAGCCAUCUGUUGUAGAGUAAAUUUAUUGUUACUUGUCUGUUUCAAGAUAACAAAAUCAUUCAGGAUGCUGUGUGUGGGGGAUGGAGGUUAUUAUUUGAUGUCUGGAACAAAAAUUUUUUUUUUUUUGACAAGAACAAACAUGUUGGCAAAGCAUGUGCUUUAAUCAGCAAUCCUAACAAAAAAGUGGUUAUUUUUCUUUGACACUUUUGUUAUGAGCUGUCUGUAGCAGAGUAUUUGUCAUCUACACAAGAUAAAAAUGAGAAACCUCACUCCAGUAAGAAUCACCUUCAUGUAAGAUUAACUCAUUCACCCCUGAAGACACAUUUGAGCUCUUCCAAUUCAAAGGUUGGAAUAGUUCAUUACGAAAUUUCAGGGGUGAAUGAGUUAAACUUAAUGCCCUGCUAGUCACCUCAUAUGAUACCUUGACGCAUACAAUUCGCGUUGGUAAAGUUGUUGACUGAUGUUUCUAUGGUACCUGGUGUGUAAUUUACUGGUCACGAAGGAUAUGAAGCUGGUACUAGGGUACUAGUGUGGAAGGCAUGCACUUAGUGUGAAAGAUAUGAAACUGGUAAGAAAGGUAAUACAGGUACUUUGUGCAAAAUAUAUACCUGCUGAAGCAGAAGAUUUAUAUAAAAAUGUGCUUGGAGAAAAGAUACAUACAUGAUACAAAAACAGAUGUUUCUAUAACAAAAGCUAUGUAUUUAGUAAAGAAAAAAAUGUGUGUAUUACAUGGUGCAAAAGAGAUUUAUGUAUUUGGUGCAAAAGAUCUACAGUAUUUAAAAUUUACCCUGUACAAAAAGACAGGACCUACAUGUAGUACCUGGUACAAAAGAACAUACCUGGUACAUGUGGAAAAGCUUUGUACACCAUGCAUAUGUCAGUUUAUUUAUUCAAAGGGAAUAUCUGGGUUUGAAUCAUUGCCUUUUAAUCUCCUAUUACUAAUGCUCUUACGCAAGUGCAUUCUGUUUUUUUGCGAUUUAUUCGGUACUUGCCAAAAUAAAUGAUACACAGUGCUAUAUAAUACAUAAUAAAAUAACAGAAAAAUAAAAACAGAAAAACAG